UAAGAAAAUAUAAAAGCUGAAUAAUAAUAUGCUCAAAAGCCCAACUGUAUUAAGCAAUUCGCUAUUACACAGGAAACUUUCCAAACGGUAUGUCGGAAUAGUCAUAAUACAAUAAUAAGAAUGAGAAAGCUAUUCUAGGUCUUGAGUCUCAAAAUGCUAACCCUUUACAAUGAGAUUUAAGCCCCUAUUUAUACUAAUAAAAUGGGAUGGGGGUGAUGACGUGGCUGAAUCUGACUUGCUGUCGUUCUCGAGCCACUUGGAUGCCCAUACUCCCACUUGCUGACGCCAUACCUUAGCAUUAAAUGUCCCUUGCCACUUGCAUGAUGCCCGUUCGGGCUUCAGAACGAUGUUUAUGCUGAUAUCAUUUAUCAAUCUAAUCCAAGUUACAUGCAUGACCCGAUCCCCGUUCAGGGCAUAAUCCUUCACGGUUCACUGGAUCUCGUUCGGUAUGAUUAGUUACUGGGCUUAUUCUUCAUCUGUAUCCUUGCUAACUAGUGGGCCUAAUAUAUUGGGCUUUUGGCCCAAUAUCCCAACAUAGUUGAAUUGAUAUUUAUUUAUUUUAUCAAUAUAAAAAUAGUUACAUAACAGUAAAAGUUAAUUACUAUUUACUAGCAGGGAUGAAUUUGGGGAGGGGGGCUCUUGAACUUUCAAAAUUUUCUAUUAUAUAUGUAAUAGUUUCAUAAAAUUUGCAUAUGUUAAUUAGAUAUGUGUUCGCCUCCUUACCUUUUCGCUUUCAAAAUUAAUAUGUAGUAUUACAUAAUAUUAUACUUAAUAGGAUAUUUAAAAGAAGAAACAUCUAGUUUUUUAUCAUUACUUACCCAAAUAAACAAUAGAACAACUCAUUAUUUAAAACUUAGAGUACUUAUUAUAAAUGUUUUUUGACAUUAAAUUACAAUUCAUUUACUACUUACUUUCUAAAAUAAUUUUUUACACACAUAAUAAACUAUAACUUAUUUUAGCAUUGAUACAAAUAUAAUAUGCACCAUAUAAAAUAAAAAAUUAGUACUUGUGGAAAAAAGGCAACUCCUCCAUGACUCACGAACACCUCCUUGGUAGAAAAAAGGCAAAAGUGCGGAAAAAGUACUUGUGGUUGGGCCCGUUUUCAUAUAGGGUCAUGUGUUUCAUUCUUUAUCAAAGUAGUUCAUGUGUUUGAAUUCCGUUAUCAUAAGAGAAUCAUGCCGUUAAAAACAUCUGAAAAAGACCGUCAAAAUUAACUCCGAUUUUCAAAAGUGCCCGAAAAAUUAACCAAAAAAUACUGAAAAGUGCGCCUCAUCAAGAUGACCUCCAAACCACCUUCGUCUUUAGAUUUUUCACUAAUAUCACUUUUCCGAUGGACUUUCCGGUGACAAUGGUGACUGAAAACAAAAAAGAAAGAUGGCCUAGCGGUCGUCUUAUUGAGGCGCACCUUCUGGUAUUUUUCUUUUAAUUUAUCGGGCACUUUUAGAAAUCAGCGUUACUUUUUAACGGUUUUUUUCAGACGUUUUUAACGGUGUGACCCUCUUGUGAUAACGGAAUUUAAACACAUGAACCACUUUGAUAAAGAAAUGAAACACAUGACCCUAUCUAAAAACGGGCUCAACCACAAGUACCUUUUCCGUACUAAUAUCUAAAAGCAAAAUGUUUUGGGCUCAUUGUUUUACCGAUCAAAAACAUCAAUAUCUGUAUUCAUACUCCGUAUGAAUACCGUCACCACUUGAAAAAAUACGAAGUAACAAAUACGGAGUAUCUACAUAUAUAUUACAGAGUAAUAUCUAAAUGACAAAUGAAUGACAUUGCUACGUGCAUUGUGUGAGUGAAUGUAUUUGGUGAAUAUUGAUAUGACAAGUCCUAAUGUUGCCAAAUUUGUUCCAUAGUGGGUUGCACGGUGUCUCCACAGUAGCUCAUUUAAUUUAUGCGUGAAACUUUUAAAUUGCAUUCCCAAGUUGCAUUUGAUUUUUAGCUUUGCCCAUGCAAUUUUGCUAUGUGUACACGCCGGGUUACACGACAGUGUACACUAAAUAAAAACUCCUCUCUUUCUAACCCACCCCACUUUCGAAUUAAUCUACUACAUGUGCCAUUUUUUUUCCCGAAAAAAGCCGCCUAUUCCACUCUGCCCCAUGCGGCUCUCUUUCUUGACUCCCCACAAACCAGAGAAACCCAACAACCCUCCCUCUCCGUUUUCUUCUCUUCCUCGAUCGAAGCCACACAGCCCUCCCCUUCGGCGUCAUUCUCCGUUCACAACAGCUCCACCCAACAACCCUCUCUCUCCAUUUCUCUUCCUCAAUCGUUCUUUGUUCCCCAAUAAACCGAAGGAAACCCAAUAACCCUCAUCAUUCUCCAUUCGUAAGUCAUGAACUCUCCGUCCGGUCGUCGUCUGCUUCACUGCACUACAAUGGUGCGCAUUUCAUUGACUCAAUUGGCAGAAAGGUAAAAAUCUACAAAACAAAUUUCAUAAUGAACUCUUAAUACUUUGUAGUUCUUAAUUUUGUUUGUUUGUGAUGUACAUGAGAUGUUUGUGCUUCAUUAGUUUUUCCCAUGAUUAAUACAUGUUUUCGUGUUUUGUGCUUUUAAAGAUGUCUGUAUUGUGUGUUCUUAUUUGUAGAAUUUAUUUUAGACUUGUCUUAUGGUGGACCUGAGAUGUGUGUGGGGUUAAGGUGUCUGUGUGACUGUUGUUGAGAUGUCUGUAUGGUUUGUUUGUAUAUUUUUGUGAAGUCCAGACCUGUGUGUAUGGCUUUUGUUAAGAUGCAUAUACUGUGUGUAGGUGUAUGUCUAUCUGAUAAAAAUGGUUUCACCUUCGGUUAUUGAUGUACAUGAGAUGUAUGUGUCUCAUUAGUUUUUUCCCUGAUUAAUUGGGUUGUAUUGGUUGCUUGUUUUGUGCUUUUAAAGAUGUCUAUAUAGUGUGUUCUUAUUCGUGGGUUAAGGUGUCUGUUAUUGAGAUGUUUGUAUAUUUUUGUGAACUUCAGACAGGUCUGUAUGAAUAUUUGUGUGUGACCAGUGUGUAUGAAUAUUUUCAUGAUGGAACUUCAAAUUCCUCUAAGAGAUUACUUCCUAGC